GACGCGCCAGAAGAGCGCAGCGCGCUUCGCCGGGUGUCGCACCCUGGUUAGAGCUUGGAGCAGCCCAGAGCGCAACCUGAGCCAGCACCCGAACUCGCCCGCCCCAGGACUCCAAGGACCAUGGCUGCCGAGGAACCCAGCUCCCAUGCCCAGGCGCGCAGCUGCCUGUUGGGGGUCUGGGCCGCGACAUUACUCCUGCUUGGUCUGUCGCGUCCCUUGGUGCGGGCGGAUGGGAAGCUCUUUGUGCUGGAGUCUCAGAAUGGCUCUCAGGGCCUGGAGCUGGAGGCAGCUCGGCUCUCCUGCAGGAGCAGGGGUGCUCACCUGGUAUCUGCAGACGAGCUGCGGAGGAUAGUCCAGGAUUGCGCCUUCGCAGUUUGCACCACAGGCUGGCUGGCAGAUGGCACCCUUGGGACAACUGUGUGUAGCAAGGGGAGUGGUGAACAGCAAAGCAUGAGAGCUGUCGAUGUGAGAAUUGAGAGCAACCCAGUUCCUGGUGGCACAUUCAGUGCUCUUUGUAUUACGGAUAAAGACAAGCCGUGUGGAGAUCCGCCUUCAUUUCCCCACACCAUCCUGCAGGGACGCACCGGCUUGGAAAUGGGGGACGAGCUGCUGUACGUGUGUGCCCCAGGCCACGUCACGGGCCAUCGUGAAACCGCCUUCACCUUGCUGUGUAACAGCUGUGGGGAGUGGUACGGCCUGGUGCAGGCCUGUGGGAAAGAUGAGGCCGAGGCACACAUUGACUAUGAAGAUAAUUUCCCCGAUGACAGAUCUGUGUCAUUCAGAGAGCUCAUGGAGGAUUCCAGGUCAGAGGCAGAGGAGGACAGGGGCCAGGGAGAAGCCCCUGAGGAGGCUCCAAAGCAGGACCGCCUGGUCUCCAUCUCUGUGGGAAGAGAAAACACAGCCCAGGAUAAAGCCUUUGUUCCAACCACGAGCUCGCCCAGUGCUGGGAGCAGUGUCCCCAUAGACUUGCCAGGAUCCCGGCUAAACCAGAAGUACUUGUUCUGGUUUCCUGCUGAGACGCUCCACAAGCCUGAGUUGGAAAAGGAGAUGGAUGAUGAUACCAAAAAACAGCUUCCUACUGGAGACAACCCCAGCAUCAUGAAAUUGGGCUCAGGUGAACCUGGAACCAAAGUGAUCUAUAGCAGCACCAGUGGUUUCUCAGGGCCAUUUGUGGGCAGGAAUGACAGCAAAGAAGGGGAUCUGAUGGUGAGCAGCAAUGACGAGUCCUGGUUAGAUGGCUACCCUGUGACUGAUGGGGCAUGGAAGAAGAUAGACGUGGAAGAGAAGGAAGAUGGGGACAAAGGAGAUGGGUCAGUAGGACUUGAUGAUAGCAUCCAAGUUACCACUGAACGGCCCAUUCUUGUGGAAAUCAAGCAGCCCAGGAGUAUCACUCUCACACCAAGUGAGGACAUUAUCCAUAGUUCGGUUCUUCCAUCUCAAGCACUAGAUGUGGAGGCUUUGGCUCUCAGACCCACAAAUGAAUCUGAAACUGAGGGCCCAAGCAGGGGGGAUAGUGAAUUUAGGAAAUACCAGUCAACUGUGCCUUGGAGAUUUGCCACAGAGAAGGCCCCUGUGGCCACCCUACUCUAUGAACUCACUGACUCUACCCUGGACACAGUAUCAACUGCUGUCCAGCAGAUGCCUAACCAUGUCCCCUCAAUGACUGUGGCAGCCACCCAGCCUCCAGUGGACACCAGUGCUCCUGAGGCCCAGGAUAGCUUCCCAUACCUGCUGUCUGAGGACUUCUUAGGACAGGAAGGCCCUGGCCCCAGUGCCAGCGAGCAGCUUCCUCCAACCUUGGAGCCGUGUGUGGGGGACGGGUGUCCCAGCUUCAGCAGAGGCCCCGUGAUCGCCACCAUUGUCACCACCCUGUGCCUGCUGCUGCUCCUGGCGGGCGUGGGAGCCGUGUGGGGCUACCGCAAGUGCCAGCACAAGAGCUCCGUGUACAAGCUGAACGUCGGCCAGCGGCAGGCUCGGCACUACCACCAGCAGAUAGAGAUGGAGAAGGUCUAGUCAUUUUAGAGUGGGAGGAAAAAUGAAUAAACUGUGACACAUAACACAGAUAAACACUGAUAAUUCACCGAGAGCAUGAAACAGAUGGAAUGGGGCUCAUCCUUUCUUCUCAGGCCUUUGUUUUAUAGACUGAGAAGUGUCUCUGGAGGCACCUGGCAGGACAGGAAGGCUUUGGCAGCAUCGUCACACACGCCGAUGUCUCCUCAGCAGCCCUUCUGCCCUGGCAUUCCUUGCACUAAUCCCAGACCUGUGCUUGGACCUAAUUCCAAUGUGAGGUCAAAAAUCACCCCUUGCUUCAUCAUACUACUUUCUUCUUUUCCUUUUAAAAUAAAGAAAAUCACCAGCUCCAUGCCCUGACAUUUUGGAAAUGAGUGAUAAACUGAGCAUUUGAGAGCAGUGUUAUUUAGAACAUAGAUAUUUAAUUGUUGAGAGUGGGAUACAGAAGAGUAAUGUGUUGUUUCCUUUUAAUGUUGUGAUGUUGCCGAUGGCAAAUGAGCCAAGGACCAGGACACAGCCCAGAAGCUUUGAGGUUUCUUUUUAAUUGUUUGUGGAAAUUGGAGAGAAAUUAAGACUGAUAUGUUGGUGGGGGUUGGGGUAGGAGGUGAAGAAUGAAGGCAGGACACACAUCCACAUGCGUUCCAUCAAGUCUAUGGGAUAGCCCAUCGUUUUCUAAAAAGUUUAGCUUUGCACCAAUGAGCACGAUUUCCUCUGGGAACCAGUGGCCUAGUUGUCCAUGACCAGUCUGUGCCUGGGAAUGUCUGGAAGUUUUUGUCAAGGCUAACAAAACUCAAUCCUUGGUUUCCUAUCUCAGGAUUAACAAUUUCUCUGAACCAAUAAGAGGGAAUGAUACGGGAGAAAAAAAUGUUUUAAGAGGGCCGACAACUAGAAUACCAAGUAUGGGCACCACUUAAUGAAGAAGCAGAGGAAUUAAAAAGGGCUGUGAAGCCAUCUGUGCUGUCCCACUCUUUUCUGUGGUGUGGAGAUUGUGAGCCCUGUGGAAACAGGGUCCGUCCCAGCUGUUGUGCAACCCAUUUCGUAGUGUGUGGAUCACCUUAUGGUGGCUGAGCAAGUCUGGUUUGUGACAAUGGAACUCAGAGUGUGGUCCCCAGAUCAGCCUCAGUAUCACCGGGGAACUUGUUGGAGACACAAAUUUUCAAGUCCUUUUCGAGACCCAGGAAUCAGAAACCCCAGGGGUGGGGCCCAGCGAGCUGUGUUUUAACAAGCCCUCCAGGUGAUCCUGAUGCACGCUCAAGUUUGAGAAUCCUGGGUUUAUGACAGCAUAAAUAGUGAACUUUGAGGCAAGCUGAAGCCCUAGAAGCACAGAAGAUGAAUGACCCCUGUGGUUUGUAUCACCAGGACGUCAGGCAUUGGUACGUGCAGAGGCAGCUUUUGAAGCUGCCGACAUGCCGUCUCCAAGGGUGGUCUCCUGUGGGGUGGCACAGAAACAAAACGUGUUAGUUUUUUCUGAUGUGAAUCAUCUUCCUAGGAACAGUUUACAACAGUAAAAAGCAAUGAAGGCAAUACAUUUUUAUUAAGACCCCGUGGGAGUCUUGGCAUUUUUCUGUGGUGUGAGAGAAAUCCUGAUCUUUUUUACAAUUGAAAAAUUGUCAAUGUUUUACCUAAGGAAAAAAAUAAUUUUUUUGUAUCAUGUUUUCUACCCUGUCAUCUCUUUUCAGUGCAAGCUUUGGAAAAAUAAUGGCCUAAGGAGCUAUAAAGACAGUACAGCAUAAUCAAAGUCCCCAGGCCUCAUGACUAGGUAAAAUGAAGGCCUGAAGGUACCAACUGGAAAAUCUGUGUGUCAGAUGAAAGCUAGAACAAUAGGAAUGAAAUGCUUUCUGUAUGUAGCCAAAGCAAGACACAAUAGAACAAAAACUAUCGACUGUACAUAUUUAUAAAUUAGAUUCUUUUCUAAUCUAUUCCAAGAUAAUUUUUCUAUUUUUAACUGUUUAAAGCAACCCAUCUCAAGGUUGGGAUUGUGUUAAUCAAUGAUUAUUAUGUAGUAAUCCAAGAACAUUGAAUUUACACCAAUCACAUAUAUAAAUAAUAUUAAUACAAAUGUUAAUAAAUUACAAACAUAUGGAUACAUGUAAAUUAUUAUUUUGUAGUCAUGGACUGCAAAAUAAAUACAAAACAACAGUUUAAGUUUUUAUUGGUUGAUGUCAUCUAAAUUAAUAUAGAAUCUUAAAAUGCACAUAGAAAGGGAAUGACUUAAAAACACUGUAAACCUAAAAUGUAUGUCAUUAUGCAUGCUUUGAGACUGGUAACUGUUUAAUACCCACGAAAAUUGCAGGGGGUGGGGAAGUGGUUCUGU